AUAGGAACUUGAUGGACCUCGAUCCGUAUAAAAGGAUCGCCGUGUGAAUCGGAAAGCAUCAGUAACCGUCUGAUAUUUUCAGAAGAAAAUUAGCAGCAUGCAGUCUCUCAAGAUCGCUCUUCUUUUCGCCUUCGUGGCCAUGGCCAGCACUUGCUCGCAAACUCCUGGAACCACCACCACCACUGUCACCACCUCCGUUACUACUGUUUCGGCUGAUGAUGAGAGCGACUCUGGCAUGCUGAAUGCUCACGAACGCGGCAUCAUCCGCAAGACCUGGGAACAGGCCAAGAAGGACGGCGAUGUUGCUCCCCAAGUUCUCUUCCGUUUCAUCAAGGCCCACCCCGAAUACCAGAAGAUGUUCAAAUCGUUCGCCAACGUUCCCCAAGCUGAGCUUAUGACCAACGGAAACUUCUUGGCUCAGGCCUACACCAUCUUGGCCGGUUUGAACGUCGUCAUCCAGUCCCUCAACAGCCAGGAACUUUUGGCCGCCCAGUUGAACGCUCUCGGUGGUGCUCACCAGCCCCGUGGAACUACUCCCAUCAUGUUCGAGCAAUUCGGUGCUGUCGCAGAGGAAGUCCUUGCUGAAGAGCUCGGCAGCGCCUUCAACGCUGAGGCCAGACAAGCCUGGAAGAACGGUAUGCGCGCUUUGGUGGCUGGCAUCGCCAAGAACCUCAAGAAACCCGAAGAUUUGGCUGAUCCUCAGACCAAGUUGACCCCCCACCAGGUUCGCGAUGUCCAGAGGACUUGGGAGAACUUGAGGGCCAACCGCAACGCCAUGGUCUCAGCCAUCUUCAUCAAGCUGUUCAAGGAGACCCCCCGCGUCCAGAAGCACUUCGCCAAAUUCGCUAGCGUCGCCGUCGAUGCUUUGCCCGAAAACGGUGAAUUCAACAAGCAGGUUGCUUUGGUCGCCGAUCGUCUGGACACCAUCAUCGCCGCCAUGGACGACAAGCUCCAGCUUUUGGGCAACAUCAACUACAUGCGUUACACUCACCAGCCUCCCCGUGCCAUUCCUCGUCAGACUUUCGAGGACUUUGCCCGUCUCCUCAUCGACAGCCUCGAGGCUAGCGGUGUUUCUGGUGACGAUUUGGACUCCUGGAAGGGUGUUUUGACCGUCUUUGUUAACGGUGUUUCUCCCAAGUAAAUCGAUCACUCUCCUUCCCAUUCGGA